GGGUAUCUGAUCCGCUCACUCCCUAGACUUCUAUGGUCAAAUAGUCGUAGGAAUUUCAAAGAAAGACGAAACCCCACGAUCUAGGAGUUAGGACCCAGUGCAAGUCAUCACCCACUCCUGACUCCACAGCUGCCACCCACCUCCGAUAAUUCCCGAUCACAGCAUAGUCACCCACCGAGGAGAGAGAAAGCAACAAAAAUGCAGGUGCUAAAUGCGGUGGCUUUAGCGCGGUUUGCAUUAAGAAACGCAGAAUUAGGCUCAGAAAUCGAAUUUGGCACAGCAUUAUGGUUCUCCUACGCAGGAAUCUGCGCAUUUCUCGUACUCUUUGCUGGUCUCAUGUCUGGUUUAACUCUUGGUUUGAUGUCUCUUAGUCUUGUUGACUUGGAGAUUCUUAAACGUAGCGGAACUCCUACUGAGCAAAAACAAUCAGCUGCUAUCCUACCUGUCGUUCAAAAGCAGCACCAGCUUCUUGUGACAUUGCUUCUAUGCAAUGCAGCUUCUAUGGAGGCACUUCCUAUAUAUCUGGACAAGCUUUUCAAUCAGUAUAUAGCUAUUAUUCUUUCUGUAACUUUGGUUCUAGCUUUUGGGGAGGUUAUUCCCCAAGCUAUAUGCACUCGAUAUGGUCUUGCUGUUGGUGCAAAUUUUGUGUGGCUUGUACGCAUACUGAUGAUUCUUUGCUAUCCCAUUUCUUAUCCUAUUGGAAAGGUGUUGGACUGUUUACUAGGACAUAAUGAAGCUCUCUUCAGGAGAGCUCAACUGAAAGCACUUGUCUCCAUUCAUGGUCAAGAGGCUGGAAAGGGAGGUGAACUUACACAUGAUGAGACAACAAUUAUCAGUGGUGCAUUAGAUUUGACAGAGAAGACAGCUCAGGAAGCAAUGACGCCUUUUGAGUCAACUUUCUCGUUGGAUGUCGACUCAAAAUUGGAUUGGGAAGCAAUGGGAAAGAUCCUAGCUCGUGGGCAUAGCCGAGUACCUGUUUAUUCUGGGAAUCCGAGAAAUAUCAUUGGACUUCUUUUGGUUAAAACUCUUCUAACAGUACGACCUGAAACGGAGACUCCAGUAAGUGCAGUUUCCAUACGAAAAAUUCCAAGGGUUCCAGCAGACAUGCCUUUGUAUGACAUAUUAAAUGAAUUUCAGAAAGGUCACAGUCAUAUGGCAGCUGUGGUGAAGGCAAAACCGAAGAGCAUUAAUAAUUUAGCUAUUGCUGAUAUUGAAAAAUCUAAUAAUUCAAAAGUUACUGAUGGAAAGUGGGAUUUAGCUACUCCUUUAUUGUCCAAGCUAAUUGACAAUUCUGAGAGUAUUGUAGACAUUGAUAAUAUCUCAAAAGAAAGCAACAUGAAUAAGCCGAGUUCACAGCAGCCUUAUACUAUAGAGGAUAUUGAUGAGGGAGAAGUUAUUGGCAUCAUCACACUUGAAGAUGUAUUUGAAGAGCUUUUGCAGGAGGAGAUUGUAGAUGAAACAGAUGAAUAUGUUGACGUUCAUAAGAGAAUACGUGUUGCUGCAGUUGCAGCCGCUUCUUCAGUUGCACGUGCACCAUCUUAUCGGAGGUUAACUAGCCAAAAGACUUUGCCUCAGAGUCAGGGAGGCCAAAGUAGGCAUGGACAAAGUGCAAAGAAGCUAAGUCAAGAUGCUCCUGCCUCAACAAAAUGAUGCCUUUCUCAAUUGAGCCUGUCCAUGAAAAGAGAUGAACUAAUGGGCUUUGCAUCUUUUAUUUCUGAAUAUACAUAUUCAUUGCAAUUAGAUAUAGAAGUAUGCUAUGGUUGUAAAAUUUUUUGUAUUGUAAUGCUUAUAUGUUUCGAGUAGAAACUGUGUUGGUGGUUGUAGAUGCUAAAUAAGGGGGGCCAUUAUGUUGGCUGAUUGUUGCAAAGGAAAUAAAGUUUGUAGAACUUUUAGAGGCUGCUGAAGAAGAUUUUAGAUGAUAGCAGUUUGUAUUGCGUAAUUUGUAAUUAGAUUAUCCUCUUUUUGAUCUAGAUAUGAACCUCUUUUAUCACAAAUAUGGUUUGAUAUGAGAAACUCCAAGGGCAGAGUCCAGUCCUUCAUCA